CAAUGCGUUGUCAAACCUACUUGUCUCAAGUGCAGUCUUCCUAUUAAUCCAAGUAAUUAGUGUGACACAGUAGAAUAUUCGGAUGUAAUUAUCUAGCUCAAGUUAAAAUGUCAGAUUGAAAGACUGGAGUUACGAAAUGAACCCUUAAUUUGAAAUGGAAUCAGACCCUGGCCCUGUGAGUCAGACUGAUACCAGUGAAGAAAGACUCCCAAGAUGCAAGCCACCUGUGCCAAAGAAGCCAUCGAUCAGUCAAAAACCUGCAAACCUUACACAGUCACUGAGUGCCUCUCCUAAGAAAGAUGCAAAGUCACAGAAAAUACCCCCACCGCUACCCAAAACCCCACCUAAUAGUGGUGUUAGAAAAGCAGAAUGCACAGCAACUGUCAGCACAGCACCCAGCACAACAGUGCACAAAACCAACACAAACCAUGCACUGGCAAAUGGCAACUGCAUAUCAACUUCCAUUGAAACCACCUUAAAUGGGUCAUUUGAUGACUCAAAUUCGAAUGUUGACCAACCAUAUUUCACCAAUAGCAUUUGUGAAUUAAAUCAAAAUACACCAUCAAUAUCAAAUGAAGAUUUAACAAAACUGUCCAAAACCCAAAGUUUUUCUACAUCUCCUAGGCCAAGGCUUCCAAGAACUUCCUCCAAUUCAAGUGUAAAUCAAAAUCGCAGCCCAAAGGCUUCAAAUUCUAAUUCUCCCAAUGUAGUCAGAAAGUCUAAGGUUCAAGGGUCAAAGAGCACAUUUUAUGAUGAUGAAGACAAUGCAGAGGAAACUCACUUAGGACAAAGCUGCUUCUAUGUGACAUCUGAGGAUUCAGUGAACUUUUCUUCUGAGCAGUCACAAAACCAGAAUCCUGAUAAAAGUGCAAGUUGCUCUGGUAAUACCCACACAGAAACACUAAUAAACCCUAAAGGAACUGUGUUUGGAAUGGAAAAUUCUAGUUCAAAGUCAGUUAAGAAACCUAUCAAAACUCCACCAAAAGUUCCUCCUAAAGUGAGUUCAAAGAGACAUGGAGACCAAAAGGUCAUUUCUAGUUCUAUUGAUUCUCAACCAAAACUUGAAAACAUAUCAACUCCAUUAUCAAACUCUGAGUCUCCAUCACUUUGUAUAGAUUCAGAUGUGAAGGAAUCUCUGACAUUGCUUUCUGUGGAAGUGGAGGGUGACACAUCAACACAGGAUAUAAAUGGAAAUUUUGAAAAUGCCAAAUUACAGCCAAGUCCUAGAAAUCUCAGCAGUGGUCAUAAAACUCCUUCUCCUAGGCCAAGGCCAAUGCCCAAGCCUAGAAAAUCUGUUACUCCUAGUCCAAGGAAGAGAAGUGAAGCAACGGAGGAAGAAAAGAAAAGUGGUGCUAAUGAUUCAAAGGAGCUUUUUGAAAAAGAAACGGAGGGAUCAUUUCAAGCAGAAGCUGAUGUGAAAGAAUCCACUAAAUGUAAUGUGGAGGUAACUGUAGACACCAAUAAAAAGGAUAAUGUAGAAAAGGUGAAAGUCUCCACUGAAUGUAAUGUGGACAAUAAUGUGAAAGACUUCAUAGAAGGUAAUGUGGAAAAAGUGAAAUAUUUCAUGGAAAGUAAUGUGGAAAAAGAGAAAAACAGUGUGGAUAAUGAUACAGUGGAUCAAGGAUUACUGUCAGAACUCAGAGAGGAAGUCAAUGUUACUGUGAUGGAGGCAUCAGAAUCAGUGGUUGAAAAUUCACAAAAAAGUGUUAAAACAGAAUGUGAUGCUAAGGAGAAGACAUGUGAAGAAGAAAAGCCAACGAUCUGUGAUACCUCAGACUCUAAGGAAGUCACUCGUCAAAGUUUCCAAGACAACGUGAAGCAAGGUCUAGAUUUAACAAGUGGGACUCCACAUGAUAACAGUACAUGUUUUGUCCAAUCUGAUGAAAUUACAACACAAAAAAUGCUAUCUCCCAUUGCAGAGGACAAACCCAUCACUGUUAAAGACUUGGACAGUGAGUCCAGUAAAACCGUGUUAGAUAUGGAGGCAGAACUUCCAGAGACUUCAUCACUUUUAGAUGAAAUUGAGAAAAUUGUCACAAAGAGGAUGAUCAGUCUUGAGAAUUCACCCGAAGAUAUUUCUACUGAGAAAACCGCAGAUGUGCCAAUCAGACCACCUCGUCCAAAGAAAGAAUCCAGAAGAAAGUCGUCCAUGGGAGAGGUUUCAUCCAUGUGUUUUGACUCAAAUCAGCCCAGUUCUGAUUUCAGAGGAUCAUCCACAUCAUUAAAUGACAUGCCACCUCCAGGUGGUAAAAAAGUGCAACCUCCCAAACCUAAGAGACACAAAAUCAACAAGAACAUUACUAGGAGUCAGUCAGAUAUUUCUGGAAUUCGUCCACAAGGACUGGAAAUGUGCAAUAAAGGAAUAAGUAUUGAUAUCAGUGAUGACGAAGGUGGAAAAAACCACCCUAUAUUACCACCUAGAAAAGCACAUGGUAGGAAUGUGGGCAAGGGUAGAAGUUUGACUGUGGAUUUCUGUGUUCCGGCCAACCAGCAUGCACUGUUGAGGGAGAUAGCUUUAGCAGAUCAUAGGAGAGAAUUAGAGACUUCACUUAGUCCUGAAAAUCAGAAGUCCUCUCAUGCCUCUGGAAACACUCACUCUGUAACAAAUUUGCAAAACACAAAACGCCAGAUUCGUCCCUCAAGAAAAGCACCCCCUCCUCCUCCUUCAGCUAGUCCCAUCCCCAAAACUAACAAAGAUUCUUCAGAGGAUGUUCCUAAUCCCACACCUGGAGUUUCCACUAACAAAAUUCACCAAGGUUCUUUUUCAGCCCCUAUUCACAGUGACGAUGACUCGAGUAAUGUCGACUCUCAUGAAUAUCAUUACAUCCCCGAAGAUCUGAUUAAUCCACCGUCUGACUCCACUCUCCACAAAGAAAAAUCUCCUUCUCCACCUGAUCUUCCACCUCGGACCUACAACACCAGUUUCUCCACGUCGACCUCCGUCCUCAGCUCAGACUCUGAUCGUCCAGUGAGUGUGGUCAGUGUGUUCAGUAGUCAGUCAGAAAGUGGGUCAUUUGGUCAUGGCAGUCCAGGAAAUGACGAACUGAGUACAGACGACUCCGAGUGUGAAAAUGAAGAAGACAAGAUUGCCAGAAAAUGGGCCAGAAAAAUUUUUCACAUCGUUAAGGAGAUCUGUUCAUCAGAGGAAGUUUUUGUUGAUGUUUUAAGACUUCUGAAUGUGGAUUUUCGAGUGUUCAUUUCUCAAGCCACAGAAGCGAAUGGCAAACCUGUGAUUCCAAAUGAAAUCCUCAAUAAAGUCCUGAACUACCUGCCACAGUUACAGAACUUAAACGAGGAACUGCUUAAAGACCUACAGGAGCGACUUAACAAAUGGGAUGAGCUGCCUCAGGUCGCUGACAUUUUUGUUAAGAAGGGACCGUUCCUGAAGCUGUAUACAUCCUACAUAAAGGACUUCUCGGAGGCGAACGAGAUUCUGGAUGAAGCAUGUAAAAGACAUCCCUCAUUUCUCACAGCGGUCAAACAGUUCGAGAGAAGUCCAAGAUGUGCCAGUCUGGCAUUGAAACACUACAUGUUAAAACCCAUACAGAGAAUACCUCAAUAUAGACUACUGCUCCAAGAUUAUCGGAAACACUUGACCCCUGAUUCGCCUGAUUAUAACAAUACUUUAGCUGCCUUAGAGAUUGUGUCUAAUGUUGCCGACCAUGCCAACGAAAGCAUGAGACAAGGGGACCAUGUACAGAAGAUGUUGGAGAUCCAGAAGUCCGUGGAGGGGAAUUAUGAAGUCAUCAAGCCGGGCAGGACAUUUUUGAAAGAAGGAGAAUUGAUGAAGCUGUCAAGAAAAGAAAUGCAACCAAGGAUGUUCUUUCUGUUUAAUGAUGUCCUGUUGUACACGUCACCAAUAGCAACAGGAGGCUACAGAUUUAAUAAUGCACUGACCCUUGUGGGAAUGAAAGUGAGCAAGCCCAAGAGAGAUGAUCUGAAGACAGAGUUCAACAUCAUUAGUAUACAGCGGUCGUUUAUGGUGGUCGCUAAAAAUCAGGUGGAGAGAGACAGUUGGGUGGACACACUACAGAAGGCUAUUGAUGACCAGGCUCAACGCAGGAACACGUUUGAGAACGGAAGAACGGGAGGACAGUCGUUCUAUGAUAUCUAUGACGUGAACUAUGAGCUGGGUUCUAAGGCCCCGAUCUGGAUCCCUGACACCAGAGUUACCAUGUGUAUGAUCUGUACGUCGGAAUUCUCUGUAACCUGGAGACGCCACCACUGUAGAGCAUGUGGAAGGGUUGUGUGCUCUAACUGCUCUGAUAACAAAGCCCCCUUGGAGUACCUCAGGAAUAAGCCUGUCCGAGUCUGUGAUGAGUGUUUCGAGAAACUCAGGGAGGCUUUGGAUGAGAAAGAGAAGGUACAUGGGAUAGAUGAGAAGUUUACACAGGCUCAGGACGGCUCGUUUCUCAAUCUCGGGAAUCUGAAAGAGAGAUUUCGUCAGAUCCGACGCAGUGCCAGAUUUACCCACCAACCAGCCACAAAACGACCCAGCAGACUGCAAAUUCAUGCCAAUGACCCAGAAGCUACCAUAAGUGGAUAUCUUUUCAAGUGGCACAAAGAGAAGAAGUGGAAAAAGUACUGGUUCUUAAUGAAGGACAAUGUUCUCUAUACAUUCAGGGCUUCUGAGGACGUGAAUGCGACAGACAGUGUCAGUAUUGUUGGUUAUGACAUUGGACACUACGAAAAGAAACACAAAUCACUGAAAUUCACUAUUUACGACACUAGUCACGAAGGACUGAAGCCACCACACAAUCCGCCCCUAAAACACACAUACGGACAAUCGCCUAUAUUGAUUCACCACUUAGCUGGAGGCCCGGAUUUUACCCUCCGGCUUGAUAAGAACGUCUUAGGUCCUUAA